AUGAGACCUACGCAAGCUCUUAUGAGUGGACCUAGCGUCCCUCACGGAAAGUACCAGCACUACCUCGGCUGGUGGGGACACAUUGGUGGCGAGAAGCAGAGAGGCAUCAUCACUUACGGCAUUGCCCCCAACCGUCAGAACCCCUUCGCGGGCGCUGCCCACGACGCCGUCUUUAACACCUGGCGCCGCUUCAGCGCGCAGGUCCUUUACUUCCUCCCUCCCCUGGUUGCCGGCUGGUACAUCAUGGACUGGGCCACUCACCGCAACCACUACCUGAACUCCAAGCAGGGCCGCGCCGAGUUCAGCGACGAGGAGUAA